UGGAGGGUUCAUCACUUCUCACAGGAAAGCAAAAGCUUUCAUCAUCUCUCACAGGAAAGCAAAAGCUUCUGAAGAGACAGAAGAUGGUAAAUGAUGAAGGCACAAUGAGCAAGCUUCCUGAAGCACUCAUAAGUCGCAUACUUUCAUUCCUUCCAACUAAAGAUGCAGUUCGUACAAGUGUGUUAUCCAAGAAAUGGCUAUUUCGCUGGACAUUCAUCACCAGGUUGGACUUAGACGACACUGUGUUCUACUCUCCCAAGAAGAAAACCGGUGGAAAAAUGUCCUUUCUCAACUUUGUAUAUAGGGCACUUCUUCUUACCCAAACUUCAACUUUCCAAAGUUUCUCACUCCUUCUUGCCAACAAGUAUGACAUGUCUCUUCUCAACACUUGGAUCUCCAACAUCUUGAUCAGGAGUGUAAGAAAUCUUCGUGUUGAAACACAUUCUACCAUGUCCUUUUCGGCUCUUGCAUCUCAUUCCCUUUUCGACUCCAACAUACUGGAAGAAGUGGUGCUUAAGAUGGAUUCUUGUGCCAUCAGAGUUCCUAAAACGCAUGCUGAAUUUGAAAACCUAAAACUACUGAAGUUGUCUGGAAUCUCGUUCACUCUUCACUCUAGUUCAAAAGUCCUUACUCUUAGUUUCCCACUUCUCAAAGUGUUUGAAACCGUGAAUUGCAGUUGGUUAAAUGCAAAUCGUCUACAUCUAAUAGUGCCUCUACUUGAAAGGGUUAUCAUAGCGCAAGACGCUGUGUCCAUGUCCAAUGAGACGUCUCGGUGUGCAAUUUAUUUUUCUGGUUUCUGUCCGAAACAGUUCAGUUAUUGUGGAUUUGCUAAUAUAUCAUAUUACUUUAAGCUCUUCGAGUCAUCUUCGGCACACAAUGCUUCUGUUAAUGUAGUUGUGAACCAGUGUUCGACAAACAGAGAUCCCGAAAUAGAGAAUCGCGCAUUUUUGCUUCUCAACGAAUUCAGACAAAUGAAAUGUCUCAAAUUUGAGGGUUGUGAGGUACUUGCGCAAUCAAAAUUGGCUAAGCUACAAUCAUUUGAAAUGUUGAGCCAUUUGGAGCUUGGCGUGGUUAGUGGUGAGGUUUUGUUGGGCUUACUCCUUAAGUCGCCGAUUCUCAAGACUCUACUUUUCAAGGGAGUAUCUAUAUUCGACACAGAAGUUCUGAACUCUGUUGCUGUGCCCGAUUGUCUGACAUCUACACUUCAGGUUGUGAAAUUUCAUAAACUGCAUGGAUGCGAACAUGAGCUAUGUUUAGCUAAAUUUUUUAUGGAAAAUGGUUUGGCGCUGGAAAGGAUUAGUUUUUACCUCGUUAGCCAUAGGUUGGGAAAAUCGAAGAUUAUGGAGGAAUUUAAAGAGAAACUGUUCUCAUUUAAGAAAGGUUUCUCUUUUGCUAUCAUCGAAUUUUCAUAUGAUGAUUAA